CGAAAAAAGGCAGAACAAUUGUGUUUUGGAUUCCUUGCCGUGCGGAUCGCAAACGCGAGUUAAUGGGAAGAGCGUAGCUAACCACGUACGAAAGAGCAAAAAGUAGAAAAAACACACAAACGUUAGUGCUUUUACAUUUUUUUAACUGUGUUUUCCGAUAUACAAUAUACACAUAUUUGAAACGGAUUUUAAAGUGUUUUUAUACAACAACUCCAGAAGUAUCUAUGUGUGCGAGUGUUGUGUGCGUGUGUGAGUGACAGAGCUGCCAGAUCGCGAGUUAUGAAAGCGCAAGCGUCGCACGCAAGUAGCAACAACAGCUACAAAUAAAAAAAACACCUAAAAACUAAAAACACACAGCAGCAGGCACACAAAUACAUAUUUUUGCUAUAGAAAAGAGAACUUAGAUACUUUACCAGAAAUCAAGUUAUACAAAAUAAUUCAAAAUAAAAACCAUGGAUAGCAGCAGCAGCGAUUCUGGAGCUUUGAACUUCAAGCGACCCAAGGAUUCCUCGGAGAAUUCUACAAAUAAUAACAAUAAUAAUGCCUCUUCGGGCAGUCCAAAAAUGGGCAGUCGUCGGAUUUUCACGCCCCAUUUUAAGCUGCAAGUUUUGGAAUCGUACAGAAACGAUAAUGAUUGCAAGGGCAAUCAAAGGGCCACGGCUAGGAAAUACAAUAUUCACCGCCGGCAAAUCCAAAAGUGGUUGCAGUGCGAGUCCAAUUUGCGUUCGUCAGUGGCCAACAAUCAGCAACAGCAGCAGCAGCAACAACAGCAGCAGCAGCAGCAACAGCAACAUCUCCCGCAGCAAUCGGUGUCGCCCACACCUGCAGUCAAGGUGUUCCAUCAGCUGAGCCAUCCGUUGGUGCAUCAGUUGCAUCACCAUCAUGCCGCUGCAGUGCAUCAUCAUCAUGGACACCAUGCUGCCGCUGCCGCCCAUCAUCAUCACCAUCACCAUCAUGCUGCGGCAGCAGCAGCAGCAGCGGCGGCAGCAGCAGCGGCAGCAGCGGCCCAUCAUCAUGCCGCCCAUCACUUGUUGGCCGCCAAUGGCAUUGUGCCACACCCACUGGCCGCCCAUCCACAUCUCCAUGUCCCGGUGGCCAUCCAUCCUCAACUGCAACAUCAAAAGGAGCAGCAGCAGCAGUUGCAACAGGAGCAACAGCAGCAGCUGCAACAGGAGAAGCAGCAGCAACUGCAGCAGGAACCACCAGCAACUGUUCCCACAAAUGGCAGCAAUCAGGGAUCCUCAAGUGUCCUUUCGGCAGCCAAAAUAGCCGCUGUUGUUGCCGCCGCCAUGGCCACCAGUAAUGGCAAUUCCACAGCAACAGCAAUCCCCGCCAGCAGCAGCAACUGCAACACAUUGCCAAGCAGCAACAGUAGUUGCAACAACACCAGCAACAGCAACAACAACUGCAACAGCAAAACCAACAACCAAGUGCCAAUACAAGUGCCAAUCCUGAGCGGAUCCCCCGGCGGAUCUUCCAGUCACAUUCCACACAUGCCCUACACCUACCACCACCACCACCAUCCUCACCCACAUCCCCACCAUAACCAUGGCUAUCUGGAGAGCCGUUUGGAGGCGGUAGUUACUCCUGCACCCAUGGACUUGUCCCUCGGAUCCUCUGCCCGCCGCCAAAUGCAAUUGAACGACAAGGAUCCCUCGGGUGUGGAUCUCACCUUCCGCAAACGCAAGGUCAUCACCAAUCCCAUGCAGCCGGACAAGAUCAGUAAGCUGGAGGAGGUUAUCAAGAAGGAGCCCGAAACGGAAACGGAGAACGAGGAUGUGGAGGUGGAUGUGGAUGUGGAGACGGAGCAGCCGGAGGAGCACAAGCUGCCCUCCAAGCAGGUGAAGCUUUUCAAGCCCUAUCUGCUGGACGAUGAGGAGCAGGACCACCAGCAGGACUUGGAUGAGGGCGCUGGCGAGGAGGAGCACGACGAGGUGGAGGAAUACCGCGAUGCCGAUGAUGACGAGGUGGACGCCAAAGAGGCGGCAGACAAGAAGCAACGUCGCCUGAAGAAGAAGCCAGCGGUGAUCAAUGAGCAGCGGGAGCCCAUCAUCUGGAGUAAUCAUCCGUACCCGGGAUGUCUAUCCCCGGGCAGUUCCACCACCAGCUUUCAAUGCGGCUCGACCAUCCAACAGCAACAGCAGCACCAGCACCAGCAACAGACAUUUCCCGUCGGGAGUCCUAGCCAGCAAUUUCAGGAUAGCAAAGCCACGCCCACCACCCCACUCAGCCCCUUCUCGGCGCCCGCCCUCUCGCCCACCGGCUUCUGCUGCCCCAAAGGAUCGCCCGUUUCCGGCUACGAGAGCAGCUCAUCCACCUACAGCGACAGCGGCAGCAGCUACAGCCUCAAUCUCCAGCUGCAUGCCGUCUACAACGACAAUCUGAUGUACAUGCAACAGCAGCAGCAGCAACAGCAGCAGCAGCAACAACAGCAACAUCACCUGCAACAUCAGCAACACCUGCAACGCUGGCUGGAUCAGGAGUCUUUGGCCAGCACAAGGACAACCACAAGCCAGCCCCUGAUCCUUGUGGCGGAUCCUGCGCCCACAAACCUGACCCUGGUGGCCUAAGAAACACAGUAGAAACUAAGCAAGCAGCAAUCCCACCAAUCGGAUGUUACAAUGGCAGUCACUGGGCCUGGCCUUUUAGUUCCCUAAGCCAUAUUUAAGAUUAAAAAACGUUUUUUUUUAGCUCUACCGCAUAAGUUUUACCUUAAAAAUGUUAUAUCUAAGAGAAAGAGAGAGCGAGAGUCGAGAGUCGAGCGAAAACAUAUAUCUUCCAAGCAUAUCAGCAAAAAAAAACCACAACCCUAGGAUUAGACAAUUUUUUUUUUUGGUUACCUACUAAGAACAAAUUAAGCUUAAGUUCAGUUUUUUCUUUUUUUUUUUUAUUAGCAUGUGUAAAUAAUUGUGUACAAAAACUAAAACAAAGCGAAACAUUUGAAUUUGCUUGAGAAUUUCAACGCUAAAUUUAAUUUGUAAAACACACGGGGAGAGAGUAUAUAUAUACAUAUUUAAUGUAAGAGAGAAAAAAUGUGAAAAUGCAACUGGAAAAACUGAGAAAAUUGUUAAGAGUAAAGCUUUAAAAACGAAACAAACACACACCUUUACAAUACACACUUUUUUUAUUUGGAAAUUGAAAAUUGAAAAUUCUUGUGAUAUGAACAAACAACAAAACAAAAUUUUAAUAAAAUUGUUGAAAACUGAAGCUUAAUGAAUAUAGCUAUAUA